UCACAGGGCAUAAUAUUCUCCAAACUAGACUACUUUCUACUCUGCUGGGCCUUUUUCCUCCUUUCAAGUCUGUUAGAAAGUAUCUAUAAAGAAAAACAAAUGGAAAAAAUCAAAGAAACAAUAGCCGACCUCCAUCAAAUUGAUGGCUGGAAAUCUGGACAUACUCUCAGCCAGUACCAAGGGUUUUGGUGCAGCCCUAACUUCCUAGAAGAUAUAAUCUUAUCUCAAGAAGGCUUCAAGGCUGAACCAAAUGACAUCUUUGUCUGCAGUGCGCCCAAAAGUGGAACCACUUGGCUUAAGGCCCUGACCUUUGCCAUUGUUACCAGAAACCGCUAUGACACUUCCACGAGCCCUUUGCUCAGCAAGAUCUCCCAUGAUUGCAUUCCCACCUGCCAAAUUCACAAGGAGCCAGAUAGCCGCGAGCCAGGGGUCCCUCUCAUAGGCACCCACACACCAUACACUGCCCUGCCAAAAUCCAUCUUGGAUUCUGAUUGCAAAGUUGUUUACAUUUGUAGGGAGCCAAAGGACGCAUUUGUUUCCCUCUAUCAUUUUCUGGCCAAGCGCGCUCCCAAGAAAGAUGAGUUCGUUUCCCUGGGGGAGGCUUUUGAUCUUUUCUGUCAAGGGAAGUCCUUUUAUGGACCUAUUUACCAUGUUUUAGGGUUCUGGAAAGCAAGUCAAGCAAGGCCGGGGAAGGUGUUGUUCCUGAAAUAUGAAGAUAUAAUGAAAGACACUGCGCCCUACGUAAAGAGAUUGGCUGAGUUUAUGGGGUACCCUUUCUCCUUAGAGGAAGAAGAAGCAGGGGCAGUGCAGAGAAUCGUAGAUAUGUGUAGUUUCGAGAAUAUGAGCAGCUUGGACGUAAAUAAGUCCGGAUUAAGGAAGCCACAUGAAGUCAAAGUUGAAAACAGUUCCUUCAGGAAAGGCAAGAUUGGGGAUUGGAAGGAGUAUCUUACACCAGAGAUGGCAGAGCGUUUGGACAAGAUGAUGGAGCAAAAGUUUGCUGGAACUGGUUUGUCCUUCCAAAUCUCAUGUUAGAGAGAGAGAGAAGCAAGCUCACUGUCAUAGGUAGCUUGGGGUAAAAAUAUAUAAAAUAAGUGAUCAUAAUGCUGCAGGACGUAGCCUUGAAGAGCAAAUUAAGUUAUGGUUUGAUUGUUUGCUUGCUGCAUUUUCAAUGUAUCAUUGAAAAUCUGUCAUUGUGUUGAGUAGCACCUACUCGUCUCAAAGUAAGCUUUCUAUGCUAUUCCACGGCCUAAAUUUGCAUUAAUAUCUCUUCUUUUUCGUUUUUAUUUAA